GGAUGCAUUCUUCUUCUGGAACACCAGAUGUGAUACAUAAAUGUAGCUUUGUUGCAAAGUGAUGCCGCCAGAGAUGCUGAUAGCAAGAAGCUUUCAGGUUCCUUUCUUUUGGCUCCUGGUUUCAUUGCUUGCUGCCAUUGCGGGUGCCAGAGUACACUGGGAGAGCUCAGCUACAGAGAGGUGGUUGCCUGAUUGGCUGCAGAGCGUAGAUGUGCAGUGGCGUGUGGUAAGCACUGGACUUUGCAUGAACCUGUUCGGAGUUCUGUGGCUUCUAGCAGGAGGAUCUGGCAAACCAAGGGAGACAAAGCGAGGGCAGGAGUUGCAAGAGGCAGUCCUGCCUAAGGUCGCUCACUUUGAAAGCCAAGCUCCUGUUGUGAGGAAAUCUUCUUGCCAAAGUGCAGGCAGCAUCCCAGAUGCAGAGGACUCCUUCAACUGGAUGAAUCUUUGCUGUUGGACACCGAGGAGCGAGAGCAGCUCAGUAAUGAGACACAACUCCUACGGAGGCGCCCCUGAUCUUCCUAUGUGGUUGCAAGAUGAUUCCACCCUGCACCCAAAGUUCUGCGGAUAUCGUCUUAAGGAGCCCGGCUCUAUGCCUUCACUGGACCGUUUCCUGGCAGAGCCGCUGGGGAGCAAUGUGCCGCCGCAUUGGGAGUUUAUGCUUCCAGCUUGUGGGGACGACGAAAGGAUGAAGUGCCGUGAGCUUCGGGAGCGAGUUCGACAUGUGAGAGGGUCCAAGGAUCCCAUCACUAUCCUACGCUUCCUCCGAGCUCGACAAGGGAGCGUGGAAGCCGCCGCCAAAAUGUACGAAACUGCCAUGAGGUGGCGAGAGGGUACUGGCUAUGAGCUCGGCUUCCGCUUGAACAACAAGGACGAUUGGCUGCAUCGGAGGGUCGACAGCUGCUGGCCUCCGACUGGGCUCAUGGGCAAGGACUACGAUGGUGAUCCUGUCUACUGGAACAGGAUGGGCCUUGGCAACUUGGAAUUUCUAGAGCAGGCACCUUCUGAGUUCUUGGUGCAACAUGAAGUCUACACCAUCACUCGCCUGAUGCAGGCGAUGGAAGAAGCUUCAAGGCUGAACAACAAGCCGAUCAUGAAUUUCACUGUGGUCGCCGACCUGGGAGAGCUUAGCUGGCGUAGCUUCAACAUCAAGGGCAUCAUGAAGUACAAGGUUUGUGUCAGGACUCUGGAAGAUAAUUUUCCUGAACUAGUGAAACGCAUUAUUGCGAUUCGGGUUCCUCGGCUGGCAUACACUAUAUGGAAUAUAGCCUCGCACUUCUUCGACGAGGGCACCAGAGCCAAGAUUCAAAUUGCAGAUGGACAGCACACGAUGAAAGUUCUGAGCGAAGUCAUGGAUCCCAAAUGGAUCCCGGAGGCCUUGGGUGGGACUCAUCGAAUAGGCGACAGUCCUUGGUGUGAACCGAUCAUACCUUGUCCAAGGGGACCUCCCUCUGCUGAGACAAUGCGAGCUCUGCAGGCUGCCUAUGAGUCUUGAAAUGUGGCUCAAUAUCUACAGCAGAAGGCCUCUGCCGGUGGAAUUUAGGGAUGCUUUCUGAAAUUCUCCCACACAUGUCUAGCGAAGCACGGUUGAUGACGAGAGAACAAGUGAGGGCCUUUUUUGUUGCAGAGGCGAAGCAGUUGUUGGGUCAUGUUUCGAUGGUAGGACAAUUUGGUUGUGGCAAGAAAUACUGACAUUGACAUAGCCUAACCACCCCAAGUGUUAUGAGGCAUGCCCAAGAUAUUCGCCCUAAACAUGGGACAAGCCACAUCCAUCUAGAUUUGAUGUCUGGGCUUGUUUUGACUGCUGACGGUCAAUUCAACCUGCUUUCUUUUAUGAUGUUCGAUUCAGUUUCGAUCAUGAUUCAUUUUGCUUUGCCGAAGAACAUGCAAAGCAGCUGCACUUGCAACCCUGCAUAGCAGAGAGGAUGGUGAGGUUCUGCAUGUCUUGGAGGAUAUCUCUCCUUGCAGUGCUCUCUCUGACCAACUUUGCUUUGCCAACGUUUUAAACAUUUUCCACAACAAGUGUCCCAGCUUCUGCUCCCUUUGUCGCAAGAAAGAGCUGUCAGCGUCACGUUCAUUCAAGGAGCUGUCAACUGACC